AUGGCAUAUGAAGGAAUAGAACAUAUAAGGUAUGAUGACCUGGUUUCGAUACGAAACUACAAUACCUCAUUCAACCGACUAAAUAGCAAGGAUAUACCAGAUCUUCGCAGCUUGAAGUAUAUUACGUCGACCGACCACUUGAAUUGUCCGAUAUGCCAGCAACCGUUUAUUGAUCCACUUACUACGAUUUGUGGACAUACUUUUUGCAGAGAUUGCAUACUAGAGUACUUGAAGAGUUUGAGCAAUGCAAGGGGUUCAAUCAGUAGCAAUAAUACUAGCACCAACUCUGGCAAUAAUGGCAAUAACACUGGCAUUACAAGUACAGGGUACUGUCCCCUCGAUAGAACACCUAUUGAUGCUGCAAAUAUCAAUGAUUUGUUUCCUACACCUUUAAUUGUAACAAACUUGAUUGAUGAUUUGAAGGUGCUUUGUUUCAAUAGCGAACGAGGUUGCGAGUGGAGAGGAAGUCGAUGGGAAGUUGAACAUCAUGUUAUGGAAGAUUGCGGCUAUACUGGAGUCAAGUGUGGAGGCAAACGAAUAGUUUACAGUAUAGCGGAAGAUGACGUUGAAGAGAAAAAUGGAAAUGAGGAAAAGAAAGAAGAUUAUGAAGCAGAUAAAGAAAAAGAAAAAGAAAAAGAAAAAGAAAAAGAAAAAGACGAAGAUUAUGAUGAAGAAAAAGAAGAAAAAGAAAGCGAAGAAGAAAAUCAAGAUUUAGAAGAACUGGAGUCAACAAAACCGCUGACAACAACAAAAGAACCAGAAGACAGUAAUUUAAGUAUUAUGGCGGAUAAGACGCAAAGUCGAAAGAUUAUAGAGAAGGAAGAGGUAUGUCUGCUAGUGGUUGAACGGAGAUUCUUGAGUGGUAUUGAACAUCAAGAAUGUAUCCACCGAAUAUUCCAGUGUGAGUUUUGCGAUACUGAGUUGACGAAAUUAACAAGACAAAUGCAUUUAGAGCAAGAGUGUUUGCAUAACUACAAGACUUGUGAAUUAUGUGGCAAUGACUCUAUUGCAGAAAAGAAUAUGGCAAAGCACCAGGAAAAUUGCAUCAAGAUGGGGAAAAUCAAGUGUCCUGCACAUGAAAUUGGGUGCAAAUGGAUUGGAUCGAAUGAAACUGCAUUGGAGAUACAUUUACAGAAUGGAAACUGUCAGCUAAAUCAGUUCCUACCUUAUCAUAGUAAGACCAUGGAACGAUUAUCUUCCUUGGAACUGGAGAAUCAAUUUUUGCAACGCCAGCUCCAUAAAAUUCUUGACUCCAUUAUUCAAGGUAAAGUAUCUAAUCUCGGCUACAACGAUAACUUGGAAGAGAUUAAUAAGUUUCAAGAUUCAGUGGAAAAUCAGGAUAAGCUCAUGUACUUGAAUUUUGAAGUAGAUCGCCUCAAGUUUGAGAUUAAUGAGAAGCUUAUUCCGUUUAUGAACAAAUAUGGGCUGUCUAUGAGGUAUGAUCAGGAUAAUAGCAAUACCACAUUGAUGAAGAAUUUAAUCAAUGAUAAUUUCAUGAUGCGCGAGGAUAUGAAUGUGCAACGAAUGAUGAUCAAUAGCCUUCGAAAACAGCUUCAGUUUAUGUUAUUUGCGAGAAACCAAAAGAUGGGAUUAGCAGGGAAUAUGAUGAACAUGCACAAUCUAGGAAGUGACGAUAUGAUGCCUGGUGAUUUCUAUGACGCAGUCUCGCGAAGUAGCUCUGAAGAACGCUUGAAUUUGAAAUUGUGA